AUGGCAAGUUCCUUGCUUCCACCUAUCCAAGGUGUGACCUCUUUAUCCACACUCGAGCGAGCAUCUGUCCUCGAUGUGCUCUUCGAGCCCUGUGAUGCUCUGCACACUCUGUCACUCGACCUUCUUCACACCGAGCUUUUUCCGUCAUAUAAUGAUCUCAUAGUCAGCGUGGGAAAGCAAUUGACAGACUUGGCGGAAAGUCCAUCGACAAGUGACACAGAACAGCUCCACAAGAUUCUUGGGGCUCAUCCGAGACUCGGAGCGAAGAAAGUCGAUAGUGCUCAGUCACGGGCAGAGCAAGCCCAGUUAAAUAUCGGUGGCGAGGAAGAGGCGAUCAAGCUCAAACAUCUCAAUGAGGAAUAUGAGAAGACUUUUCCAGGGCUGAGAUAUGUUGUAUUUGUGAAUGGAAGAUCACGUCCCAUCAUCAUGGAAAAUAUGAGAUCAAGGAUAGAAAGAGGAGAUAUUAAGCUCGAGAGAGCUGAAGCUAUCAAGGCAAUGUGCGAGAUCGCAGCAGAUCGUGCAGCCAAGCUCCAACAAAAACCAUAG